UAAUUAACUUGAUUCAACUGCCAUCUGACAUGUCUUUUUGGAUGUAAGCUCACGAUGACUGAUCAAUGUAGUUUAUGUCCGCAAAAGAACUUUUUGUUUGCUCAAACUUAUUGUAAAAUGAAGCCUGGUUAAAUUUUUAGAACAGAAUCCCUUUAGUAUUAAAAUAGUUACAAGUUGAAUAGUUAAGCACUUCAGCGGAUUCUCCCCUACGUGCUAUGCCAUUUGAAACUUAGAUAGCAGCUUUAUUUUCAAUUGUGAGACUAAAACAGUCUUUGGGUUUCUCACAACAUCUUUUCAGUUACUGAUGGGAAAUCCCUCUGAAUGAUGUAUGCAUAUCGCAUCUGAUUCCAGUAGGGUGCCAUACAGGGAAACACUAAAACAGUGUUUGGGUUUCUUACAACAUUUUUUCGGUUACUGAUGAGAAAUCCCUCUGAAUGAUUUAUGCAUACACUCCUAUAUCAUUUUUGGGAAAAAAAUGCUCAUUCUUUGGUCCAGGAAUGUAAAAAGAACUUCAGUUCAUACCAGGAAUGAGAACAGUGUUAGUAAAUAAAAGAAACCUUGUGUUAGUUUGUCUGUCUUUGCUGUUUCAUCGAGUCUGUUAGAGGGACUAGCCCAGUCAAGUGUCUUUCUCUUUCAGUUAUUAGUGGGAGCACUAGGACCAGGUUAUGCACCAUGUUCAGCAGCAUGCCUGAAGAAUAGUAGCGGUAGUAGUGCGGCUAAUGCCUGCAUGCCCGGGCAUGAUCUCCAUCACUGGGCAGUUGUAAAUAGGCCUAUAUAUAUUUGGCAAUAUAUGCAAAAAAUGCUGCAGCUCCCACAGCACCAAAAUCCACAGAGUUCAUCUGUUUUCCAGCUUACAUUUGGUAGUGAGAGCUUUGUUGAGGUCCUGAGAUGGCGGAUGGCCCGUCUGCGACUGCGGCUGCAGACCAAGCGGCGGCGGCGGCGUUGCGCACUGGAGGCAAUGACGGCAGAGGCCGUCGUGGAGAUGGAAUCCCGCGCGCCCCCGUCAAUCCCAGCUUCGCUGGAAGCGGCGUCACCAGGGACUCCGAUCAGGCAACCAGCGGCGGUUCCAAGUCAUCGCGCGCUGGCAGUGAGCGCAGUGAUUGCAUGAUCUCACCCUCGCGACACCGAGGGUGUCGCCACGACCGGCAGCCCGGCCGUGCUGCGCAUCAUCAAGGAGGUCGCUGGCGCCGCCAACUACCCGAUCCUGACCAAGAUGAACUACAAUCGCAAUAGAGGAGAAAAGGCUGAAUUUGCACACGGUUGAGAUUAACAAGAAAAAUACAUGGAGGGAAAGUGUAAACAAGCUGUGCUCUCACUGCCAGCUCAAACUAUGACGGAGAGGAAUUUGAAAUCUGACCAGGAAUGUGAAACACUGAUGACAGUAGAAAAGGAAUCAACCAUGGCAAUUCUUGCAACGGAGGUAAGGAAAGAGAAGGAAAGUAGCAGAAAGGAGACAAAUUUGGAAGAAAGGUAUGGAAUCAUGGUUGGUGCUGAAAACAAGGAUGGACAGUCUGGAAAUCCAAGAGCUGAAGAAAGCUUUCAGCAAGCACAUCUAUUGAAUAAUUCGGAAAUUGAUAUGCUAUCAGAAUUACAGGCUCCUGAAGCUGCUGAGACAUUUAGUCAGGAACAUGAACAAGAUAAUGGGAAUCUUGUUGGUAACGAUGAUGGAGAGGAAGACAUCAAUGAAUUCCAAAAUGACGGAGAUGAAGCAGGUGACGGUGAGGAAGACUAUUUUUUCCCAACUCCAGAAGAUGCAGAGCAGGCUAGGCCCCCGGAGAUUGGCAUGAUAUUUGCUACACUACAAGAUGCACAUCGUUUUCUCAAUGUCUAUGGGCUAGUUACUGGAUUUGUAAUGAAGAAAGGAACUAAUUACAAGCACAAGAAGAUUACAUUUGUGUGCAACAAAAGUGGGAAGAUGCCAGAGCGUGGAACAGGAAAUAGGAAAAGGAGAUCCAAUGCCAUUGACAGAACAGAAUGCCGGAUGAAGGUGACUGUGAAACUUGUUGCAGGAAGAUGGGAGAUUAGAGCAGUGAAUAAAGAACAUAACCAUCCACUUGUGGGUUUACCUUCACUCACCAAAUUUUUUAUCAGCCACAAAUACAUGUCCGAGGAAGAGAGAAUCUUAUCAAGAAUAUUGCAAGAAAGUAAAAUUAAGCCGGCAGAGAUAAUGGAAAUCUUCAGGAAACUAAGGUCCAGGUUAAAGAAUAUACCUGUCCAGAAAAUGGAUAACUGCAUGAAACAGUCUGAGAGGCAGGCUGUAACUAAGAAUACUGAUAUAGAGAGCACACUAGAACAUCUCCGAAGAUUUCAAAAGGAACAACCGGGUUUCAUCUAUGCUAUAAAUACUGAUAAUGGUAACACUGUCAGAAGUGUAUUUUGGACAGAUGCGCUGGCUAGAUUGAAUUAUGCCUUGUAUGGUGAUUUCAUUUCAUUUGAUACGAGUUAUACCACUACUGAAAACAACAUGUUGUUUGCACCACUAAUAGGAAUUAAUGGCCAUGGUAAGGCAAUUGUUUUUGGUUGUGCUUUGCUUGAAAAUGAGAUGGCUGAGACACUCACAUGGUUAUUCAGGACCUUUCUGGAUGUGAUGGAUGGGAAGAAACCGAUUACAAUAAUUACACAUCAGGGAUUUGCUAUGCAGAAAUCAACUGCAGAGGCAUUUCCUGAUGCCUCGCAUAGGUUCAGCAUGUGGCAUAUGAUGAGAGAAGCUGCAGCUGAAUUUGGUGGUUCAAUGGCAAAUAGAUCUGGAUUGCAAGCUGAGCUAACACGCCUGGUGACGAAUUCUUUAACUGCAGAGGAAUUUGAGGAUGGCUGGAAAGCAAUGCUUCAGAAAUAUGAUGCAGCAUCAAAUGCACACCUGAAUCUCAUGUAUCAGACAAGAUUAAUGUGGGUGCCAGUUUACUUCAAACAUGUGUUUUGCCCAUUUAUACGUUCCUCUGAAGGGAGCGACAACACAAAUUCAAUCUUCAAGGAUGAUGUUCCUCUGCAGGAUACCAUUGAAAAUCUUAUUUAUCAGUAUGAUAUCUUUCAGAAGGAGGUUGCUUGCAUGGAACAUGGAUAUAGAUCUCAGUCUACUCCGAAAAUACCGAUGUAUUGUACAAGGCAACCAAUAGAAAGGCAAGCUGCCGAACUUUACACAGUGGGGUUAUUCUUAAAAUUUCAGAAAGAGCUACUUGAUGCAUCAGCUUUCAAUGUUUUUGAAACGGAUAAGGGCAGAAUUUAUACAGUGAAAAAAACACUGGAUUAUGAGGAGGCUGAAUUUCUCAGCGAUUCCUUUCCUAUUGAAGUCGACAUGAAAACCAACAUGUUCAAUUGUGUAUGUUCAAAGUUUGAACGAGAUGGAAUACUUUGUUGCCAUGUACUAAGACUUUUCACACAAUUUGGAAUUAACGAGAUACCUCAACACUAUAUUAAGCAAAGGUGGACCAAGAAAUAUAGGGAGGAGGGAUUACUGAUUGCUCAGAGAAAACAGGAUUGGAUUGUUUCUUGAAAGGCCUUGAUUUUUUGGUUUGAUAUUGAUCAGUGAUGGCAGUAAUUUGUGCAGAAGUGAACAUGGAUUUAAUCAAAGUAAAAAACUGCAGAGGAGCUUGAAAGAUUUGAGUAGAAGCUGAAAAGGGGGCAGAAACAAAGCAUAUGAACAUGGGGAGUGAUGGCAAAGGGAAUACCCACAAACUGCAAGGUGAAUGAUUGAUGUGGGUUGGGUGUUUUGAAAGAUAGGACAUUUAGUUAGUAGGUAUUAGUUAGAUGAAUUGUACAGCUCUCUAGAUCCAGUCUGUUUUUUUUUCCUCGAAUAUGUUCCAGUCUGUUUUGUUGCCCGCCCCCCUCACAAAUGCUGCAUCAUGAUCCUCACUAGGCAAUAAGAAACGUGGAGUUUCCUAGACCCCAACUCAUACUGUCAUUUUUGGUGUAGCUGUGGUUUCACUAAUUAGGUUCGCAGACAUCUAAUUCUGAUCCUUAUCCAUGAGGUGUUGAUACAAAGUCUUGGUUAGUUUACCUUGUAUGUUCACCGGUUUUUUGUUUGGCAUUGUACUGGUCCUCCAAAGGCAAAUUUUUGACCCCUAA